CUGAGGAAGGAGGCAUAGUGAGUUAUUGCGCUUCAGAGAACCAGCACCACUUCUGAGGAUGCGGUGACAGCAACGGUAACAUUUCUAUGAAAAAAAGAGAGUCCUCUGUGUCUAACAGUGUUAUUUGGAUUACCAGAGUUGAUCCGCGGUUUGCGUCUCCUUUGGUUUGAUGAACGCGCCCCCAUUGUCAACCUGCUGGGGGCCUAAAAGUGAAGCAGCACCCGGCUUUAUGAAUGGGAUGCUCGGUUCCCGGGCUGCCUGCAUUUGAGGAGUGUCAGUAUUCAUUCCAAGGUCUCUGAGAAGGAUUAUAUUUAAGAAUUUGGAAGUUCUUUUUGUUGCCCGACUGCAUCUUUGACUUAAUCUCUGUACAAAAGAAAACAGCUGAUCAGCCACCAUGCCAAUCCUAAAACAGCUAGUUUCUGGUUCCUCCCAGACCAAGCGCCGCUCACGCAUGGAUCUGACCAGGGAGAUGAUCAGUGCUCCACUGGGUGACUUUCGCCACACCAUGCAUGUAGGCCGCAGUGGUGAUGCGUUUGGAGACACCUCCUUCCUCAGCACCCGUUCAGGGGAACCACCCUCUGAGACCACAUCCCACCCCAGCUCUCCCCGGCCUGGCCUACUGUCUCGUACCUUCAGGAGCAGCAAACGCUCCCAGUCGGUGACCAGAGUGGACCAGCACAGAGACAACGCUCUGAUAGCCCCUGCUGGGUCACCUACCUAUGUGAAAAAUGCCAUGUCUCUGCCCUUCCUCAAUGACGACGACAGAGGGGACAGUAUGGUGUCAAAGAGUUUGUCCUCGAGUCCUUUUAAGUACCAAGGGGACGUGGAUGAGAGAGGUGCAGCUGCAGCUACUCACUUCCUGGAGCUAGAAGAGCGAAGCUUUGGUGAGCUGACCGAGCUUCCGGAGACCCCCCACCACUAUGGCGGUGGCAUGAAGCAUGCUGUGUCAGUAAUGUCUUUCCAUGUCGACCUGGGGCCCUCCAUGCUGGGUGACAUCCUGGGGGUGAUGGAGAAGGAGGAUGACGAUCUUGGCUACGAGGAGGGCAAGAGCAGCGAGGGCCGUGCCUCACCACCUCUCAGCUCCCACGGCGAGGAAGAGGAUAGCGUGGAGAGAGAAAAAGAUGAGCAUACAGAGGAGCCGAUGGAGGCAGAGGAAGAAGCUGCAGAACUGCAGCAGCAGGCCUCCAUGCAUCCAGGCAGCUCUAUUGAUCUGGGGCCUGAGAAUGGAGGGCCCUACACACCAGAGUACACUCCUGAGACUCGGCCCAAACACUUGCAGCAUCUAGACAGCUGCUCCAUGUCCAGCUCUGGUUCUGCUGCUCUGGAUGAGAAACCAAACAGCCAGACCUAUGCAGGAGAUACAGACAGCGCCACCUUCAGUGCCCCGCCAGAGGAGGAGAGCAACUUCUCCUCUUUCUUGGAGGAUGAAGACGAUGAGAUCCGCGUAUGAGAUUCCAAAGCCUUCUAUGAAACUAGCAAGUCCUUUGACAGUGUGGAUUUGCACUUGAACAGAAGUAAGACACUGUCGUCGGUUACUGUGGGUAUGGAACUGUGAAGAAGACACGGAGUACUCCUACUUUGUAGGUCUGCAAGGAGAGAGUGACUGCUCCUUUAGGACAAGCCCAAACUCCAUCUGUCAGAAAGCCUUACCCUCCACGUUCUGUUUGACUGUCAAUCUGUCUGAGGGAACUGACAUGGAAGAGCAGCCACUUUUUGAAUAUGGAACAUUCCAGAAGUAAGCAGGGAGGAUGAGUUGGAAAGAAACUUUUGUAGGAAAAACACUUUCCACAACUAAAGCUUAGUUCACGCUUUCGCUCUCUCUCUCUCUCUCUCUCUCUUUCCCUUCUCACUUGAUGUGUCACAUGUGCUUUUUUUUCAUUUGGUUUGCCUCUCUCUUCUUGCACUUUCUCUCUCUGGCUGCGGGACAUCAAGAGGCCUGAGCUGAACAGAAGGCCUCUGUCACCACAGGAUCACUGGUAGGUAUCUUGUCACAAUAAAGGGGACCGUGUUUGGCACUGGAGUGUGAAGCCCUGCCUUGAGCCUCUUUCAUCUUAAAAUAUUAUUGUAAAGCGCCAUAGAUCUGUCAGAGUUUUCUCCCUUAUGUAACUCGGGCUCCUUGUGACGCUGCUCAAAGGCUGCCAUUUCCUGCUCUAAUACUGGACCACAAAGCCCCAAGCCCUAAAUUCUCUUCUGUUUUUGAUUCACUGUGAGCGCCACACAGGCUUAGCCUCAGUUUGAAUUUGAGAAAAGCAGGGAUGAAAGGUAAUGGAGACGUAUUGGCCUGCAUUAAAGCAUGAAGCAUGGUGUUACUACAGGAAGCCAGAGGUGUGAAGAGCAUUGUGUGGCGCACUGGAGGAGGACUGUGCACUGUUUGUUUUCUCUUUUCCAAUGAACAGAUUUUGUUUUGUUUUUUUUUUUUGAAAAAAUCCAUAAUGAUGAUGAUGAGCAGAUUUCCGUAAACUGACAUGAAUUGGCCUACUUCCUUCUAAUCUGUUAUUUCAAGUUGAAACUGAAGAGUCUGAUAACCACUUCCUUCCUUGUUUUUAUACAUUCGAGCAGCUGCAGUGGUGCAACUGAACCUUGUAAAAUAUGUUCAUCCUCAUUAGUCCAGGGGCUGCCUUAAUGUGUAAAACAAUUUCCACUACUACUCACGAGCAGGGCUUUGGGGUAUGCAUUAUUGAAAAAUUAGUGUACCAGCAGGAACAGUUAAAACGGAAACUACUCACAUUUGGUAGUUAAAACCUGUUGUUUUUAUCUUUGAUUUAAAAAAAACUUUUGCUAUGUUUGUGUUUCUGUUUGAAGAGUGGAUGAAAAAGAAAGACGCAGCCAGCAAUAGAUGCAAGAGCAUCAAGAAAAGAUUGCUAUUUUUAUGCAAGUUGCAUAGUCAUUGCAGCUUGACUGUAUCUCUUGCAUCAUUAAAAGCCAUGGCCAGAAGUAUUGAGGCUUAGUUGCGCUGAUUGAUUUCACUGCCUUAACUGAAACUGACAGAUGUGCCAAAUAAUUAAAAUAAUUUUAGUAUGAAGCUCACUUUUGGGAGAGCCUGUCAACUCUGUCUGCCACUUCUUUCUCUGUAUGGGUAAUCGCUGUUGAAUUUAAGACUGAGUUCCAGCUUGAAGCUUAAAAAAAUAAAUAAAAUGGUGUUCUGAGAUGUGAUAUCAUGCAGGAGGAAAAAGGAGAAAAUGAAUAUGCAUAACUGGAUAUUUAUAUUUUCAAUCACUCAAACACUACAUAAUAUAUUCAGGUAAUUUCUAGGUUUAACAAUUUGGUGCGAAUGGGAAGUUGUCUGUGUUCUCUCUGUAUAAUUUUGUAUAUUAUGCCUUACUGUUGUCAUCUUUACUGUAGAUUUACAGCUUUUUCCCCCUGUAUUAUUCAAAAAUAACCUAUAUUUUUCAAUAAAAGAAAUCCUGAACAUC